CUUCCAUCUGUCAGUCUUCGUCAUUAAUGGCGUGUUCUCGCACCUCUUACCAGUGAAAUCGUGCACCUCGUCGACGAUGACAUCGACGGGCAUCCUCCCCACGUACCAGCGCUUCAUCAACGGCGUCCCCGUCCCCUUUUCGCGUCGCUCAUUCCGCGCCCGUGAGAAAUACGUCAUUUUUUCUGUGUUCGCCACCUUCGGCCUCGUCUGCUUCGGCACCUUCUUCUUCCUCCCGGAGUUCCGGAGCAACUCCUCCGACUCCGUGUACAAGAUGUACGACCAGAUCAAGCGCGCCGGCCCCGAGCUGCUCAUCCCGCCGCCCCCGCACCUCGCCGACGAGGCCCCCAGACUGCUGCGCCACGAGGACGACGUCCGGGUGGACCCCCACGUCAUCGGCGAUCGCGAGAAGUUGAGGGCGAAGGUGGACGAGGAUCGGGAGUUGAAGGUGUUGGAGAGGCCCGGAUUGAGGAGUUCCUCGACGGCGGCGCGGCCCGAGGCCAAGGAGGAAGUGGGGGAUGUGCCCCAGGAGGCGCAAGCGGUGGUGACGGUGCCGCCGGCGAUGAGUGAUUGGUAUCCGGUGGUCAAUAAUGGGGAAGAUAGGGAUGUGGAGGCCAGGGAGAGGAGGAAUAAAGUCAAGGAGAUGAUGAAACACGCGUGGGAUAAUUACGUUCGUUAUGCUUGGGGCAAAAAUGAACUAAAACCGAUAAGUAAACGUGGACAUAGUGCAAGCAUUUUCGGUACUUUACCCAUCGCCGCGACGAUUUUAGAUGGUUUGGACACCCUGUAUAUCAUGGGAAUGAAAGACGAAUUUAAACAGGCGAGAGAUUGGGUCGCCAAUGAGCUGGAUUUGAACAGUAUGACGGCCGAUGUGUCCGUUUUUGAGUCCAACAUCCGAUUCGUGGGUGGAUUAUUGUCAUGUUUUGCUCUCACAGGCGAUGUGAUGUUCCGAGACAAAGCGCAGCAAAUUGCCGAUAAAUUAUUGCCGGCAUUUCAGACACAAACGGGCAUUCCGCAUGCUUUGGUCAACUUGAAAACAGGAGCUAGUAAAAAUUUCGGUUGGGCAAGUGGCGGUUCCAGUAUUUUAUCCGAAUUCGGCACUCUUCACUUGGAAUUCGCCUACUUGAGUGACAUCACCGGUCAACCAAUCUAUCGCAACAAAGUCGAUCACAUCCGUCAAUUCCUCCAAAGUUUAGAGAAACCAAACGGUCUUUACCCCAAUUAUCUCAAUCCGAAGACGGGCAAAUGGGGUCAACACCACAUGUCAAUGGGGGCCCUCGGCGACAGCUUCUUCGAAUACCUCCUCAAAGCUUGGCUCCAAUCCAAUAAGGAAGACAACGAAGCACGCCAAAUGUUCGACGAUGCCAUGCAAGCCGUCCUCCAACAUAUGCUUUUUACCUCCCCCUCUGGUCUCAUGUAUUUCGCCGAAUUGAAAUUCGACCGUCCCGAACACAAAAUGGACCAUUUGGGCUGUUUUUCGGGUGGUCUUCUUGCCCUCGGUGCUAAAACGCUCAAAAACGACAUGUCAAAUCGAUAUAUGGAAGUUGCAAAAAAAAUAACGCAUACAUGUCAUGAGUCAUACGAUAGGAGUAAUACGAAAUUGGGACCGGAAGCGUUCCGUUUUACUGAAGGUGCUGAAGCGAGGGCGUUGAAAAAUUCCGAAAAAUAUUAUAUACUUAGACCGGAAGUUAUCGAAUCGUAUUUUUAUAUGUGGAGGUUGACUAAGGAUCAGAAGUAUAGGGAUUGGGGGUGGGAGGCGGUGCAAGCCUUAGAGAAGUAUUGUCGUGUACCUGGGGGCUAUACUGGCUUGAAAAAUGUCUAUUCGGAUGAUCCACAAAAGGAUGAUGUGCAGCAGAGUUUCUUCCUAGCGGAAACGCUAAAGUAUUUGUACCUGUUAUUCUCCGACGACAGCUUAAUAUCGUUUGACAAUUGGGUGUUCAACACCGAAGGUCAUCCAUUACCCAUCAAGGGCGUGAAUCCAUUCUACCGCGAAGCAUCAGUGUAAAAAAAAAUCAAGAUUUUAUAAUAGAGACAAUUUUCGACUGAUAGACUCGAUCUAGUUACUUAUGUGAAGAAAAAAAAGAUGGCGUGUUUGUGUGUGAGUGUGUGUGAGAGAAAGAGAGAUGUAACUAAUCAACAUUGACUCAGAUUGUACAUAGUUAGUAAAAAAAAUUAAGUAUGUAUUCGUGGUCUCGAAAAAUACGAUUUAGUUUUAGCUAAAUGCCCUUUGACUACUAAGUAGUCACACUAACUUAUAUUUUAACUAUGAUUUAGCUAAACUAACUGCGCAGCUAAUGACACAAAAUAGGCCAAAUUUUUCAAAUCUAAGGAGGCGGCGAAUACAACUAUAGGUCAAUUGUAUCAUAUUUUUAUUUGUACAUUUUUUAUACAUAGGUCACUGGGGCAAUGGUAUUUAUUACUUAUUUUGUUAUUGUUUUUUUUUCUUCUUUUAAAUUAUUGUAUAUUAAAAACUAACUAAAUCAAAGUGUUCGUAAAAAAAAUUGAAUCAUGUGAUAGAACGAUUUUAUUGUAAUUAAACUCCCAUAAUUCA